AUGUCAGAUGAAAGAGUGAACAUCGGCGAAGAGACGGGAGGUGAUGGGAAAGUAGUGAUCAGUCUUAGCGACGAAGAAGAGAUUGACUCAUUGUCAUCAUCAUCUGAAAUGGAAGGAGGAAAGAAAGGUGGGAAAGGUUUAGAGAAGAAGAAGAAAUCAAAAGGAAAGAAAAAGAAACGAGGAAAGAGUGUGGAGGUGACAGACUUACUUGAAGAUGAACACGCCUCGAAGAAGAAAAGAUUACUCUUUGAAGGUUUGAUCAAACACGAUCAUAAAACCCCUUCCCCCACUCCCGGUCUUAAUUUCAUGGUCAAAAGAAAGUUGUAG